AUGGCAGACCCUUCAAAGCACGAUGUCCACUUCGGCAUCACUGGCAUCCCCACCGAACACAUUGAGCUCAAGACUGACAGAAUCCCCAAUGCGCCUGGAAUGCCUGUUCGUCGAGAGAUCAGCGAGUUUGCAAACGAUACAACUCCUGAAGGUCGAAAGCAAUGGACUCUCUAUGUUCUAGCACUCGAGAGUUUCAAAGCCCUUUCUGUCGAUGAGAAGUUGUCCUACUUCCAAGUCGCAGGCAUUCAUGCUUAUCCUAAUUUGACUUGGGAUGAGGGUGAACCUGAGAAACAAGAGGAUGGAUACUGUGUUCAUCAGAAUUUGACAUUUCCUACCUGGCACAGAGUCUAUAUGUUACUUUUUGAGCAACUUAUUUGGAAGCAUAUGAAGAUCAUCAUCAACGAGUGGAAGCUCGAAAAGGACGAAGACGCCGCCUGGAAAGAAGCUGCUAAUAAUUGGCGUCUUCCUUACUGGGACUGGGCUCGAGAGCAGGUCUACACCGAAGUUUUCGCUCUCCCCAAGGUCUUGACUACAAACUCUGUUGAGAUCUUCCCACCCGCAAGCAAGGAGGAGCAGUACUCAACUAUCAAGGAAUAUCCCAACCCACUUUAUGGUUUUGACAACCCAGAGAAAUAUGGUGAUACCGACGAGCCAAGGCCUUUUGGAAAGAUGCCCGAGGACAAAGAGAAGUACAACAUCCCUGAUAAUGUCCCUGAUCCUAAGGAGACUGGGGGUAUUCAGUUGACUUCAAACCCGGCCAAUGAUCAGGUCUUGCCUUGGAGUCUUACAAACAGCACGGGACGUUGGGCCGUUCAGAUCAAGCUUGGGUCCAAGAACAGAUACACUGGCCUCGAUGGUGUCAACAACUUCACUGCUGCCAAUCGAUUCUUUGGUGCGGAGCUUAUCGGAAGAAAGGGUGAGAAGUGGACCAAGUACAAUCCUGGAAACCUGUCCGAUAGAGUCAACAGAAUGAUGACGACUGGUUUCACUUCUACAUGGGGCAUCUUUGCAUCGACAAAGUGGCAAGCAGAGGAUCGAAACUCCAAGGGUUACAUGUCCCUUGAGUCUAUUCACAACGUUGUCCAUUUGUUUGCUGGAGGUCAACACUUUGAAACUGGAAUAGGUCACAUGUCUGAUGUACCUGUAGCUGCAUUUGAUCCUAUCUUCUGGCUCCAUCACUGUCAAAUUGACCGUCUCUUGGCCAUGUGGCAAACAUUAAACUGGGAUCUAUGGUGGGAUACCGAUGCCAGCCAGAAUCCUCGAGACCCAAAGGCAAAGCCGAAGAAGAUCGAGCCUGACGCUUGGAAGAAGGAUGAUCUCAAGCCAUUCCGCAGAUUUGACGGAAAGACGCAGUACUGGAACUCUGAUGACUGUCGAGACUGGACUAAACUCGGUUAUCAGUACGAUGAUCUUGUUCCUGAUGCUGCAUCCCUCAAGCCUGAUGGAUAUCUGAACGAGGAUCACUACACCACUGACAUUCUGGCUCGAGUCAACCGCACAUAUCCUGGACCUGCUCAUGUCAUCAGCAAGAUCAGAUCCACUGACGGUAUUGAUAUCCCAGAUGGUCUGGAUGAGACUAUCGGCGAGCCUUUUGAUGACUAUGUUAUCAAUGUUAUCUACGACCGUUAUGCUUUAGGAGGAACAUCUUAUUCCAUCAAGUUCUAUCUCGGUGGCCCAGAGAACCAGAAGACCACACAUUUUGUCGGAGAGAACUACAUCGGCCAAGUCUUCACCUUCACUGGAAGUUUCUCCGAGACCGAGGGAGGUUGUCAGAACUGCAAGCGUCAAGCCAAAGACAAGGUUCUCUCCGUGGAUCAGAUUCCUAUCACCAUUCCACUUCUCAACCACAUCUUCGACGCCAGCAAAGAGCAUCCUAUUGAGAAUCUUGACCAGGUCGCUGAGUAUCUCAAGCUGCAUCUAUCGUGGGAGUUCGUCCAACACGGCGGCCACUGUGUCAACCCUGAUAGGUUUCCGAACACUGUUAUUUCGGUUCUCAAGGGUGUUGGAGAACCACAGUAUACUAAGCCUGACAAGAAAAAGCAAGCUGAUAUGGUGUCGAUUGCUAUGAUGACAGAUGCUGCUCUGGAUACUCUUCCCUCAAACCCUGUGGCUGAUUUGUCAGAGAAGACUAUCAACUCACCUGAUUCCCGGGCUCUUCCUCCCAUCUAUUCUAACUACAAGCCUGUUUUCGCAGCCACUCAUGGAAAGAAGUAUGGUCUGAGUAAGCCAUCUGAGUGA